UUUAAACUUUAUAUUCGUAGUAAAAUCAUUAUUUUACCAUUUCAAACCUUCACGGAGCAUAUGGCGUAAAAUUUUAAACGUAGGCCGGUGUAAACUCAAAAAAAAAAUAACACCUGUCCAACCUCCUGUCAUGUUUUUUUGGCGAUAGGAUGCGAAAUUUCAAGUGCUCAUAAACGAAAUAUACCAUAAAAAAUUUGGAAUGUUCUAAAUUUGUAGUGAGUUUAUUACGAAAUUAUGUGAAAUCUUUCGAGUAUAAGUUAGCAAAAUGCAAGAAAACCCAGCACAAGAAGAACAACCCUCCAAAACCAUGGAAAAGCCAAAGGAACCGAAACCGCAAACACCUGUAUUGCCACCUGCAAAACCUGCAGACAAGACACCACCAGCCCCAACUCCUGCAGCUCCAGUGCUGACACCGAGUCCUUGGCUGACAAUGCCCUCAUUCACGAAGACCCCGCCCAAUGAUCUGUACAGGAGGCUGCUGCCUGCAGUUCUGUUUGUGCUCACAUUUGUUACAGUUAUGACAAUAUUGCUCAUCUAUAUGGAUACAGUCGCAGUGGGCGCGCAGCAGUUCCGGCUGAACAUGACGCGCGACUACGAGCUGGCGCGCAUCGGCCAGGCCUCGGCCGCGCUCGUCGCGUACGUGCGCCAGCUGCACCUCGCGCCGCGCGCCCCGCCCCGCGACCCGCCGCCCGCCGAGCCCACGCCGCAGGUGCGCGUGCUCGACGCGCUCUACGGGGAGAUCGUGAGUGUCGCCUUCAGUUUGUUUCGACUGUCUGAUCGUGUCGCAGCUUGUAACACAGUGUGGUGCGUGCAGUACAACGCGACGUUCGUGGAGUUCCUGCCGGCGGGCGCGCGCGCGCCGAGCACGCUGUACCUGGAGGCGGCGCGCGGCUGGGACGGCGCGGUGGUGCGCGCGGCGCCGCGGGACUACCUCGCGCUGCGCGGCGCCGCGCGCGCGCUGCACGCCUGCCUCAGCGCCGCCGACCACCCGCGCGAGGUCAUGUACCAGGAGGGCGACGCGGCGGGGCCGUUCCGCUCGCGCGUGCUGUGCCUGCCGCUGUACACGGUGCUGCUGGCGGCGGCGGCCACGCGCGCGCGCCUGCUGCUGCUGGGCGGGCCGGCCGCGCUGCCCGCGCUCACGCACCUGCCCUUCGGCGACGGAGACCUGCAUCUGCAGAACAUCGAAAUCCUGUUCACGGAUCCAGUGGUCCGAAACAAAACGACAGAAUUCCUUCUCUCAAAGAACUACACGGUGGCCGCCACCUUCGACAAGAGCGUCAUGUAUGCGCUGAAAGAGGACCUCAACCUCAACUGACUCUAACCUACAAUACUGACACUACGUCCAGUAACACAAUAUGCACAAACUAAAAAAUUAUCAACUUAUUGGCAGACAGCUUGGUGACACUCAGGACGAGGUCAUGCCAUGGUCAUACAGUUUUGAUAUUUAGUAUUAUUUUUAUACGUGUAAAAUCAAAAUUGCAUGGUCUUGUCAUGGCCUAAUCUCGUCUAGAUUUGGAUUUGACCAUAAGGUCACAUUUACUCGGUGUUGUUAUAGCAGUCGAUAUUAGAAUCUCACGAACAAUGCUUUCAAUACGAUAGGACACGCUCGCAUGCUUAUUGCUCUUUACAUUAUGCUUUCUUGUGCUGUUUAUGUUAUCUAAUCGUAUGUUAUAACAGCAUAUUAAUGAGAUCUUAAGGUCAAAAUAUCGAUAAGUUGUCCCCUCACUACACUCGAUAAGGCUUGGUCAAUUUGUCUAAUAAUAAUUGAAUUGUCCAUGUAUUCGUGCCUUGAAACGUGCCGGUUGUUGAAAUUUAAAAAAUGAUAAAAUAAUGUUGCUAGCACAAAUCGCGAUAAAUAUAGAAAUUAGAUUUAGUGUAAGUCAAUUCCAGUGAUUAUUUUCAUUUUAAGUAAUUAUAACUGAUUUUAAAUACGCUUUUACAGAACAAAUUGAUGUAUGAAAUUACUAAUUCCAAUUAAUUUAAUUAAACUAGUGUUAUUUUUAAGUUUUUUAUGAAACGUAAGGUCGAUGAAAAUUAGUUUGUCGAUGAUUUUAACGUUAAAUAUUGGGUUGUUAUUAAUAAGGUAAUAAAUUGAAGACCUAAAUGAAUGAAUAAAUCGUUCAUUUUUCAUUCGUUUAUGUUUACGAAUCGUAAAAUAAUAUCUACAUCAAAAAUAUGUCCUUGUUUCAUGACAUCGGUAUACGUUGUUACGUAUAUAAAACAGCAAAAAAAUCAAGGAAUAUUUCCACAUCACACGAUCAUGGAAUUGGUAGAUAUCGAGUUUGGACAAUAAGAAGGUUGUAUUAAUUUUUCAACAGUGGUAGUUCGAUUCUCGGUGUUAAAGGUUCCAUCCAUAUUUAUGGCCUGUAAUCUAAGGUUCCUAAUAUGCAUUAUUUAAUAUUCCUAAAAACACAAAAACAGUUAACCUCGUUAAAUUAUACUUACGUUUUUAACUGAUCACUAUUUGUCAUUUUUUUUUAAUAAUUGCAAAGGUUUGAUUUAUCGAAAUGCCUAUAUAAGUAAAAGUAUUUCUGUAUCACGUUUCGAUAAAACACAAAUUAUUUGCGCUGAUGUCUAUUUUAUAUCGAUAAGAAAUUGAUAUUUUAAUUAUCGAUAUUACAAAAAGUAAUUAUUGUAUUAAUUUUAAUUAUAAAAUAAUCCAUCCAUGCUGUCAUUAAUGUAUCUCGAAUAUUAUGAUCUGCGAAUUUAAUUUUAAGUAUUAUGUGCAUGAUUUUAAUACUACCCAUUUUGAUAUAGUUAAAGGGACAAGCGGGUUCUUUGCGCGUGUCAACAUUAUACAUUAACCCUGAGACAUUUUAGGUCUCUUAGUGCUGGGGUUACAGACUUCACUGUGCUUUUACCUAGAACAUAUUAGUGUUUGCACAUUGCUGUGCUGAAUAUACCUAAGCAUUUUAUACAUUGAAAAAAAAAGAUAAGUUUUAUGUUGUGGUUAAUUUUAGUGUAUUUGCAUAUGAAAAGAAAUAUUUUUGAGAAUAUCCUACUCAGAUAGUAAUACUCUUAUAGUAUAUACAUAUUUUGUACUCGAAAAAGUUUGUAAUAGGUAUAGAAACAUGUUAUUAGUUGUAACCGUUUAAGGAUUUCAGUAAUGUGACCACACACCCGUGCAAAGUCAGGACAGUGGCAGGAACUCAACCCUGAACUAAAUAUUUUUCUGUAUAUAUUUUAUAAACCAUCGACAAGUUAUUGGUGGUCAAUUUUUAGAUACUUUUUAUUGGUCCAAAUUAAUGAACAAUGUCUCCAUGUUUGAAUAUCGAUCGCUAUAAUGGAUCAAUCAGAAACAAGUUUGAUCGCAAGGUACACAUAUUAUUUCUGAUUGUAGAUGAUAAUGUGGUCUAUUAAUUCCGUUUAAUGGUCAUGUUCUGCAAUUUCCUAGACUGCACGGGGUGUGGCGACUAAGGUUAACAUUAUAAUAUAUUUUUAUAUUAUGUUUGUCGCUGACUCGUCUUUUUCCGUCAGUGAUUGGUCCAGUGAAGCUUUUGGCUUUAAGCUUUUGUCUCUAUAAGCUUACUUUGUUGGCAGCUAAGAUUUAACUGUCGAAUAAGAUCUAAGGUAAUUUAGCUGAGUUAAGCAGUUAAUAAAAUGUAAUACCUACAAUUAUUCGAGCUAAGUUUGCUUGGUUCUUAAUCGGUAAUUUGGUUUCGCGUGCUUUUAACAAUUAUACCCUUAAAUUACCUUCGAUGGAGACCGCAUCAUGACACUUAUUGAGGGUUCGAGAUCAACAAAAUGCAGCAAUACAGCUAAAAUGAAAUGUGGCAUAUGUUCAUAAAAAACAAUAAAAUUACGUUUUUUUGUAGUUAGAUUUGAAUAUUAUAAUUUCUUUUCUGUUCUUUUACCGGCCUACAUUGAAGGUAAUCUAUGGCUAAGUGUAAUGCUCUAUGUUGAGGUCGUAUCUCUUUCGCAAACAAUUGCAACAAAGUAUGUUUUUGUUCAAUGUAGCUGUCUCGCAAAUACGCAUCGAAUGAUAAUUCAUUCCAUAUUAUUUUAAUAAAAAUUCCAUUUGUGUUUUAUCGUAUGUAUUAAUAAGACUGAUUUUAUUUUAAUACAAAAAGUAUUACUGAUCACGGUAAUGUGAAAUUUUUAUUCGAUAUUAACCUUCGUAUUAAGCGGACGUCGUGUUAGGGCGGGUUUCAAUAAUACAUCAUUGACCAGUGAUAUGAUCAAGCAUAUUCUUUGUAAGAAAAUUGGAAUGAUUGAAAGAUACUAUUCAAUUCGUCAAUUCGUCCAAAUAAGUUUUGUUUAACAUUCGUAAAUUUAUCGGUCCGAUUUCUAUAGCCUGAUCAGGAAAACAAAAAUCCUCGACAUUGGAAAUGGAACUAACUUGUUGUACUGGAAGUUAACUUGAAAAUGAUAAAUAUAAGUGUCGUCGCCAUAGCAGGUUUUUUAUUUUCCUGGUAAGGCUAUAACACUCGGUCGUAGAAAUUUCUCGUAAGUCCUGUAAAAUGCAAGCGCAGGUUCAUGUGGAGGGUCGAUAGGAUUUUUAACUGAUUAACCAUAAGUUGCCUAAAUUUGAUAAAAGUUUAUCUAUUCUCGACUAUGAAAUAAAAAUCAUUUACUCUAAACCUGAUAUUGUCUGCUUGCACAAGUGUUCACUUUUUGUAGCAAGCCAGCGCUCUCCACUCGUCCGCGAAACAUAGCUUUAUUAAUUUCUUUAAGUAUAUGAAAUGCGAUUAUGAUUUAGCAAUUAAGAAUUACAAUUGUAACUUUUACAAUAAUUUUACUGAUUCUGAAGCUUAGUUUUUAUACGCGCUCAAUUAUUUCACAAAUAAAUUAAUGACUUUAUAA